AAGUAUGAAUGGAAACAGAGUGACUUGGUGUUUAGGAAGAUCACCAGGUUUUCUGCUUCAAAAGGUGGUUUUAUGGGCCAGAAGAUCGGCUUGCGAGGUGAAAUAUCAGCAGAUACUGUUAUAGACCAUAUAAAAGGUGGAAAGGUCUGUGGUAAUUCAAAACUGGUUGCAUCUAGCAGUGAUACUCCUGAGACGUCAGUAAACACCAUUGAUGCGGAAACAGCUAAAAAAGCAGUUGAAUUAGGGAUCUCAUGUCAUCAAGCAUUUACUCAGUCAUCCUUGGACAGUUUAGUAACUCUUAUCGGUGAUCUUCAAAAAGCUCAUGGAAUUAUUCCAUCGCGGGUCAUUUAUCUUGCGAUGGAUUUAGCUCUACGUUUGGGUGAAAUUAAAGUCGCCGAGGGCCUUUGCGAGCUGAUGCCCGAUAGGGUUCAUGUUUUGGGAACCUCAUUACGAAUUCGUUUAUUUGCGUUGCAGUUCCGGUUUGACGAUGCUUUGAAAGAAAUUGAAAAGGUGCUGAAUGAGGAAACCCCAGGAUUGGAAGUUGCAUGUAAAAUAUCAACUUUUGCGCUAGAUGAAUUGUAUCGAGCCAUUACCUCAAAAACAAAUACUUCUAACGAGAUUCGACGAUUCCGGUACCUGCAAAGGGUCCUUACUAAGUAUGCUCGAAGGACGAAUGCUGAUUUUGCAGUUUUGCUGUAUUCUCAUGUGUAUACGCAAGAUGAACUGCAGCCAGAAUCGCCCCGUACUUCUCUUGAGGUUGAUGAAAAAACCACAGGGAAAAUUCUUAAGUUGUCUCCAUAUGUUUUAUGUGAUGAUGAAGAGUAG